CAAUUCACAGAGACGAUAAUCUCAGUUGCGCGCAUGGUCGUUCAACGUCUUUAGAUUAAGGGUGGGUCUGUUCUUUUUUCGGGAGGGGUCAUGUAAAUGUCUCUACGUAUAAUAAUUAAAAAAUAUAAUAAUAUCCACAUCUUAUGUAUAUUUUGUAUGAAUUUGUGAAAAUUAAUAUUGUGUAAAAGUGUUGAUAUUAUAUUUCUGUGUUCAAUGAUCAUUGACAACGUGACGGUGACCAAAACUUUUUGUUGGAUGGAGUUUUCUAUGAUUUGUGCUAUCUUUCCCUAAUUUCCAGACCCCCUCUUUAUUCGACCCGAUUCCCCAUAAAGAUUCAUUCCCCUAUAUACUCUAGUCGCUCCCGUUCAUGGCGGCCCAGGGUGGGGGAAAACAAGCUGUAUAACGACGUAAAAUUUCGAAGCUUGUAUGCAGGAAUAUGUCUAGUUUAAAAAUCGGCAAGACAAGUCAAGACGACGUAUGCUAUGUUGUCGCCAAAUAUGACUAUGGAGCACAAGGUGCUCAAGAAUUAGAUUUACGUAAAAAUGAACGUUAUUUGCUUCUUGAUGAUUCUAAACACUGGUGGAGAGUACAAAGUGCGCGAGGGCAAGCUGGUUAUGUGCCAAGUAAUUAUGUCAAGAAAGAAAAACCAUCUCUUUUUGAUAGUAUCAAAAAGAAAGUCAAAAAGGGUUCUGGUUCAAAAACUCUACCAUCCAGUAAUUCACCAUCUAGAGCUGUGGAAUCUCCUAUUAUGGCUAGGCGCUUACCUGCUGAUCCAAGUGAAGCAAUAGGCACAGCAGUUGUCAAGUACAAUUAUCAAGCACAACAAGCAGAUGAAUUAUCACUUGUUAAAGGUACUAGAAUCUUAAUAUUGGAAAAAAGCAACGAUGGUUGGUGGAGAGGUCAAAGUGGUACACAAGCAGGCUGGUUUCCAUCAAAUUAUACUCAAGAAGAAGGAGAUGCAGAUGAUACUCUUCAUACAUAUGCAAUGGCAGAAAAUGUUCUUGAUAUUGUUGUAGCACUUUAUUCAUUUUCUUCUAAUAAUGAUCAAGAACUAUCUUUUGAAAAAGGUGAUCGUUUGGAAAUUCUUGACCGUCCGCCAGCAGAUCCUGAAUGGUAUAAAGCACGAAACAGUCAAGGUCAAAUAGGUCUAGUACCACGUAAUUAUCUUCAAGAACUCAGUGAAUAUUUGACUCAACCAUAUCGUGAAAGAGGAAUGACAAGUAGUGAGAUUAGUACAGGAGAUUCCCUUGAAAGAAGGCCAGAUCCUGGUGAUAGACCACAUCUUAUUGGAAAACCUUGGUACUAUGGUAGCAUUUCACGUUCACAAUGUGACACUUUAUUGAAUCAACAUGGUCAUGAUGGUGACUUUUUAAUUAGAGAUAGUGAAACUAAUGUGGGAGAUUAUUCAGUAUCUUUAAAAGCUCCAGGUCGUAAUAAACACUUUAGGGUACACGUGGAAGGAGCAUUAUAUUGUAUUGGUCAAAGAAAAUUUCAUACAUUAGACCAAUUAGUAGAUCAUUAUCAACGAGCGCCUAUUUAUACUAAUAAGCAGGGUGAGAAAUUGUAUUUGGUGCGCCCAUUGCCAAAAGGCAACCCCAGUAGUAAUGGCUGCUAGGUGAAUUCGUGCCAUGAAACGGUCCAUGCGCUUUGGAAUGUAUCUCUGAGAUACGCAAUGCCUGCCUAGUAAUAUCAAUAUCACACAUCUCGUAUGUUUAUACAUAAUUAAUAUAAUUGGUGAACUCAUAUAUUAGUGUUUCUUGAUUGUUUGUCCAUUUACACUGAUAAAUAAUUUAUUACUCUAAGUAAUUAUCAUCAACAAUCUUUAUCAUUCAUUGGAGCUUCCAUACUAUUUAGCAAACAAAGCUAAGAAAAACAAAACAUUUGUACGGCAGCUAUACGACAAUUGACUAGUUGACACACAAAGCUUCUCAUUAUAUCUACAUAUAAUUGUAAAACACGACCGACCAUGUUAUUACAAUUAAUAUAUUUACAACUACGCGUAAUGUAGACUGCAAGUAUAAUGAUCAAAUAAUGGUUAAUUAUCAUGCAAUUAUGACCGGUUAAGUGAAUCUCUACUCUGAAUCUAUUGGUAUUGAAUUAUGACAAAGACUAAGUGUUCAUUUGUGAUUUUGUAUUUAUUAGAAAUUUUUAAGUAAAUAAACUAUAUUUAAGUGUGCAUCAGGUAAAA